CCAGAGCGCCGACGGCCGCACAGCAGCUCCGACCGUUUCCUCCUCAGCGACUGGAUUCAGUUUUAUUAUCAUUUCACAGAGCUAUGAAUCCGGCGCCGCGCCUCGUCGUCCUGCUGCUGGCGGCUCGGAUCGCAGCAUCUCAGACAUUCAUCAAUGCUGGCCAACAUUUCAGAGUCGUUUUUCCAGAAAACAUUGCCUACUACCACCCUUCUGAUGCCCAGAACAAGAUCUGGGUCAUGGCUCUGCAUGACGGCACAUCAGUCACAGUGUCAACCAACGGUGCACAGUCACUGAACGCUGGUCAAACUACAAGUUUUGAUGUGACCCAAGAACUCGGCAGGCUAACGGUUGAUGAGACUGGUCCGUUCCCGGUUUUCAGCAUCUCUGACAAAACCGUUCAGGUUAACAGCACCAAGGACAUCAUCAUCCAAGCCAUCAGCAGCAAAGGAAGAAGCACACAGUCGGCUCUGGUUAUACCAACGACCAAACUCAGUCACAAGUACUGCAUCCCACCGGUACCUGAGAUCGAAGGAACCACUAAGGGGGGGUUAACACUAAUGUUACAGAGAGAGCCCCAUUCAGACUCAUCAUCGUCAACCCUGGGGAAUCCAGAGCAUCUGUGACCAUUCAAGGCGGACAGGAAUUCUCCAUAGACAUAGAGUCAGGCAGGGCCGCUCAACUCUGGGUGAAAAAUGACGACAACAUUCGAUACGUUGAAGCAGAUAAAGGCGUGGCCGUCUUCUUCAGCCACCCCUGUGCCAUUCAGCACCAAUGCACCUGCGGCCUACUGCAUGCCAUGGUGCCUCCAGCCAAGAACAACACCAUGAGCUUCCCCAUUCCUCCGGUUCUGGACCAGCCAGCGUCCAUUCUCCAGUCCGAUAAAGAAACCAGAGGACUGAUGACUUUCAAUUCUUCCUCAGCAGUGGUUGAAUCGGCAGGCACAGUCAUCAUCUACUGGCCCAGCCUAAUCCUCACACUGAUCCCAGUAGAAGAGUUCGGCAGCUGUUUUGUGGUCCAGUUCAUACAAGGCAAGGAAAACGUUCUUAUCAUUGUGGUCCACAAGGAUCACCAGCAGGGAAUUCACAUCGGGAAUAAUCCUCUGGAGGGAGCAAAAUGGCAGGAGCUGAAGGGAACCAACUACUUCUCGACCAAUCGCAGCAUUUCAUCUACAACUGUGGUCUGGCACGCUUCUGCCAAGAUGGCCGUCUACCAGAUUUACAAGCAGGACAACUCUUCAUUUGGGAACCCGGCACCUGUUGUCAGUGCAAACCCAGAUUUCAGGGGCUGUGUUGUAACUCCAGAGGUGACGAAAAUCCUCAAUGAGUCUCAGAGCUGGCAGGAAUCGAUCCGGUCCUGUCAGAAGCAAAACCUGAAUCUCAUCAGCAUCUCCAGCGAAGCUCUACAAAAACAAAUCUGCCAAAAUCUGCGUGGAAACGACGCCAAGCAAGCGUGGAUCGGAACGCGUCGCAGCUCGCUGACCGGAGCCUGGUACUGGCUGAACAACAGCAACUUCAACAACACCAACUGGGCCCACAGCGAACCCGGGGAUGUCAGCGAAGGCCAGUGCGCCAUCAUGAGUCUGGAGGGCGACUGCGGCUGGAAGGACCGCAACUGCUGCGAGGUCACCAGACCUCUCUGCUACGCCGCGACAAAGUUCCUGCACAUAAACUGAGCCACAGG